AGAAAACAAAAAAAGUAUAAAAGUAGGAUUUAUUUUUUUUUUGUAAUAACGAUAAAUUAGACAUUAUAUUGAAAUCGCAUACGAUGAUAAAACUAUUGAUUAUUUAUUUUGUUAUUUUAAUUAAAAUUACUUUUGCCCAGUUUCCGAUUCAGUGCUAUAUACAACACGUACAGUCUCAAAACUAUCUACAAUCAGCUGCAGCUGGUCAACCAUUAACGUUAGGAAUCACUGCAACGACAUGGACAAUUAACCCUGCACCUGGGGCAAGUCCAACCAAUAGUACAAUUUCAGAUUCAGCAUCAGGUCUUUAUGCUACUGUAAAUCAAGUAGCACCAGGUGCAUCGAUAAUUGCUGGUACGCAAGAGUAUCUGUUCCUUUUCGACAAAUAUGGUAUACAUAUACCAAGUAGUCCAGACUCAUGCUGGCGUUCUGGGCAGAGCGAUUAUAUCGACUUGGAGGCUUGUGACAACAGUGAUGCAGAACACUUUACUUACAUACCUGUUGUUAGAAGACAAUGAUUUUAAUAAACGUUCCGCGGCUUUUCGAAACC